AUGGUGACAGUUAGAUCAGUGAUAGCACUAGCAGCCUCUAAGGACUGGGGUCUUUUCCAAAUAGAUGUAUACACUGCUUUCUUGCAAGCAAAAUCAGCAUUACACAAGCAGUUCAAAGUCAAGGAUCUAUGUGAGCUCAGAUACUUCCUAGGCAUUGAAGUUUUGAGAUCUCACCAAGGAAUCCUCCUUAACCAGAGGAAGUACACUUUAGAGCUUAAUUCUGAGAUGGGAUUGAGUGGUGCAAAGCCUGCUCUUAGACCCUUGGAACUUAAUCAGAAGCUCACCUCAUUGGAAUUUGACAAAGGCAUUGGGAGCAAGAUAUAUGAUCCUUUGGUGGAAGUAACAGGCUAUCAAAAGCUCAUAGGAAAACUCUUAUAUCUCACUGUUACACGACCAGACAUCAGCUAUGUUGUGCAAACUCUGAGACAAUUCAUACAGACUCCAAAGAAGUCUCAUAUGGAUGCAGUCAUUCGUGUAGUGAGGUGUCUCAAACAAGAAUCAUGA